AUGGAGAGCAAAGGAGUAGUUAGCCGAAGGAAGAAGAAAAUGGAACACAUGUCUUGCUAUUGUGGGACAGGGACAAAGAUGUUUACUUCGUGGAGAUAUCAAAAUCCCGGUAGGAGAUUCCUUCGCUGCAAGAAUCAUAAGCAAAGUGGAGGAUGUGGAUAUUUUGAAUGGUAUGACCCUUCCAUGUGUAACCAAUUAAAGAACAUCAUUCUUGACUUGCUAGUGAGAAUCAAAAGAAUAAAAGCACAGUUGACAAGAAUUCAACAUAGAGAAAAGAUGUUGGGGAUCUUGCUAAUUCUGACAUGGAUAGUGGUGUUGAUGAAUUGGAAGAACUCAGGCGUGAACAAGAACAAAUAG